AUGCAGAAGUUGUACUAUUGGCCCGCGGAAGACCACACGACAAUAAGAAGACAUUUUGAACAUAAAGGAAGUGUGAAAGAGAAAGGGGUAGAGCCUACUGCUUCUGAGUUAUUUUUGAUAAUUCACAAAACGAAACAGAAUAAUGAUUGGGUUGAUGGAAAAUCAAAAUCUGUCUGGGCUAAAUUUCAAACCAUCGUCAAGAGUCGUCAUUCAAGUGACAUGUCUGGGACACAGGGUGGUGGCGAACGAAAUGAAGACGCAAGAAUCGAAAAUCAAGAGGAAGACAAAGAAGAAGAUGGAGAUGAUGCAUUCAUGGCAAUAGCAUCUGCUCUUCCUAAAGAAGUUAUUGAUAAAGCGUGGCUCGAGGCAGUUGGAGGGCCAAUAAAAGGAAGAGUUUACGGUCUCGGAUCGGAGUCCAGUUCUGUUGUACAAGGAGGUGGUCCUACAUUUCAUGCUCCAACCGGUUCUUCAUCAGCAUCAUCUGUACCUUCUCAAUGCUUAUUUGAAACUCCUUCAUUCGAAGAAGUUGUUAAUCGAGCGGUGGAACAAAAAUUAACCGAUAUGCAAGCUACUUUUCAAGAGGAAUUGCAAGCCUUGAAAACAACCAUUCAAGAGAUGCGUGAAAGACAACCUGGUGGAGCUAGUAGAGAUGGACAGUAGCAUCGCACUGAUAUGGUAGAUUUUUUUUUAUUUUUUUUUAUCACGACUAUUUUUUAUCGUUUGGAAGACGAGUAGUAGCGCUUAGCCUUACAAUCUUGAAGAUUGUGUUUUGAAUCAUCAUUACGUGGAUAUUUAGAUAUGUUAGCUCAGUUGGAAGUUGUGUUUGGGUUAAUUUUAUGGAUUUUUAGGUCGAUGUUUUUUAUCUUAUUGUUGACUGGAUGCUGAUUACGGUAGAAAGAAUAGUGUUUGAUUUUUAUC